AUGGCGGCACACGGCGCUCUCUCGAGCUCUCUUUCCGAUGUGUCUCCUUUAUCCGUCACGCCGUCAGAAUUGCCACCAACACCGCCCCCGACUUCGACAGCGGUUUCGAAGUCGCCCCUUGACUCGAAGCCAAGCUCCCCAAGCCUACUGCACCCGUCGACCUGCCCCGAGGACUUGUUGCCCCUCGCUGUAUUUUAUGGGCCGGUCGACGCUAGAAACCCGCUCCUGGCCUCCUGCGAGAAGGAGAUCCGGGAGUUGCUAGGUUUUAUGAAGAAGAAGAAGGCUUUAGCCACCACGGAGAAACAGAAGCACGAAUUCCGCCGGCGUUGUGCCAUCUCUUUGUUUGAUAUCUGGACCAAAUACGCCCCCAGGCUGCCAGCUGAUUAUUACAACGAAAAGCUCCUGAAGGUUGGAGAUAGCCUCUGUCAAAUGAAAGAGUACAAAUUGGCCCUUCUACAGUGCUAUGGAAGAUAUCUUCAACAGUUCAGUACUGAUUUUGAUGAGAAUAAAGCAGAUGUGAAUCAGUUCAAAACUGUCUUUUUCCCAAAAGGCUUUGGAGAUAAAACUGCUGGACUUACAUUUCAUGCUUUAAGUGGCAGGAAUAUGUGCAACUACCAGCUGGUCUGUGAUAGUGAUGUAAACCUGAAGAAUAAAGAGUCUGUGACCCAGUGCCUGCAUAUCCUGUCCUCCUUAAGACUCAUCAUGCAGGUGGCUCUGCCACAGGAGCAUCUUUGCUGGAUUAUCUUCAAUGGUACUAUUUACAUUUACACGAUUUGCAGAAAAUUGAUGAUCAUAGGUCAAUCUUCCAAGGCCCUGGACUAUCUCCUGUGGGCCAGUAUAUGCAUGGAGUCCUCGGUCCCACUCCUGUCCAUCCGGUACUUGACAUGGAGAGCUACUCUUUACACUGCAGUCUGUCAGUGCUACUACGACUGCCAAGCUGGUAUUCAUGGGGAGGCAUUUGCUCGGCGUGCUUUAGCUAAAAUUGAUGAAUUAAGGCAACUGGAAUUAAUGAGUUCCUCACGAUCACAGGAAGAAUCCAGAAGAUAUUAUAGAGAGGCCACGAUAAAGAUGGCGGUGAUGAUCUUCAAAAGAGGAGUAUUUGAAUCUAGAAGGAAAAACAAAGCUUUCUUUAGACCAAAGAUAAGAGUCAACCUAAGGGAAGUACAAAGUUUGCCAUGGCCACGUACCAUCACAGAACGACUGUUAGAGGAAAUGUUUGACAACACUGCAUCCCAGUUUCUGGCUGUCUUGGAAGCUCUUUCUGAUUCAAACAGGCGAAUAUUGCAAACUGGACCUGUUGUUACAGAUGAAGUGGAAAUACGUGAUGUUGUCUCAGAACUCUUUAUAGCAGGAAAAGACCUUUUAAUAAUUUCAAAUACUGGUGCCAAUGGGAUGCUUAAUUUUCCCAAAACAUCUCUUUUGGAACUUAUAGUAGAAAGAAAAAAUGUUAUUUCUAUGGAUGCUGCUGUGAAAUUUGUCAAAUUGGCUUUUACUUACGAGGAAUGGAGUUUAUUUGAAUCAUCUGCUGGCCACCUUAUUUAUUUUCUCCAGAAUCAGGAUGAUCCAGCAUCAAAGAAAGCAGAGAAGGAUUUAACGCUUCUAAUUGCCAUAGAACCACUAAUCAACACGAAGAGAAACAAAGGUUUAAUCUUUCCAUUGGAAAACUAUAAAGAAGGACAGUCAGCUCAAAUUUGUUUUAAAAAAAUUGCUUUUCAGGAUACUUGUAUGAAGAACUGUGGAUAUUCAGAAGAUAUUUUCCAUUUGGCAGCAACUUUAUAUUACUGUGUCUCCGCCUCUCCUCAGGAUGCUCUGCCUGAUAAAGAAAUCGUCGUGGACAUGAUAAUGUUCCUUUGGCAAAAAUGCAAAUUAGGAAUUCAGCGGUUCCAUACAUCCAGAAAUGACUAUGCGAAAUUUACCCAGAAAAUUAGUACUAACAAAUGGGUUUAUCUUCUGUGGCAGAUAAAUGAAGUAAUUCUCUGCUAUAAAAUGGAAGACAUUGACAUUGUGGUGGUUUCAGAGGUCACUAUACGAUUAAGUGAAAUAUUGGAGUCUUUAGGAAACCCCAAAAGAAAAUUUAGAACAUCUCAAGAUAUAAUUUUAAGAAAAGGGACUGAUGAAUUCUUUGGGACUCCAAAAGGGAUUUCAGAAAUUCUUCCAAUAUUAAAGAAAACUCCUGUGGAACAGUUAUUUUUUGCUUAUGAACUUCUUGACAAAGCAAUUAGUGGAAUAAAUUUGAACUGCAUGUUAACUGCUUUGCCAAACGGAUCAUCAGUAAUUGACCACUGCUAUACUAAGCAAACUACCAAUGACAUAGAUGGAGAAACUUACAAACCAGUCACAGCAAAUAGUUUUAUGAUGGAUUUGCAUCUUGAACUGAUUCAGGCUCAGCAUCGAAUAGCUGUUGUGCUUCUUGAGCAAUUGCAAGUUUUGCAGUCUCUAACUGUUAGCAAGAGUAUUUCUACUAAAGGUUCUGACAAGUUAAAACAAUCUGGAGGCACUGAUUGUUUUACAGAAUUAAGUGUAAUGAAUAAAAUAAAGAAGAAUAAACUAUCCAAAGCUAUUUACUUAAUGCAAAAAGCUCUUUUAAUAUUUGAGAAUGAUACGACCUCUGCAUCGUCAUGGAACUUUUUGAUGGAAGCAUAUUCUUUAAUUGAGAAGAUCGAAGCAGAACAAAAUGCUCUAUAUUCAUAUCAGAAAUAUUUGGAUAGUUCAAAAAGGAAGAAAAGCAGAAUCCCCCCUCCACCUAUACUGCUAUCCCGAACUCAUUGCUCUGUGACACUCAAACCCGCUCCAUUUAUUUCAGACGUUAAGGUCUCCUGGUACUGUAUCUUGGGUCGCAAAGCAGAAGGAAGCUAUGGAAAAGUCAGGCUAAAUAAUAAUCAUCUCCCCAAUUCAGGAGAAGCGAUACCAGCUGAUGGAAAAAGCAUUUUUGAAGUGAAAGGUUUAGAAACAAAUGAAAAAUACAUAUUCGCGAUUGCUGCUUAUUCUUCUAAUGGGAAGCUUGUUGGUGACGCUAUUGGAGAGACAACGAAACCAAUUCUGGUGUACCCACCUCUUUCUGCUGUUACUGCUCGGAUGUUCCUGACGCAGGUUGCCUAUCAGAUUGGUCACUACAAGUUGGCUAAGACAGUUUUCUCACCAGUUUGGGAUUAUUUUGUUGCUUCGCCACUUCAGGAUGAACAAUCUGUUAUUUCUUUAAGCAAUGCAAUGACUAUUACACAGAGAAGAUUAUAUUCAGAUAUUUUGGCAGAGACGUCUUCAAUCCUCUUAUACCUUUUUCUUAGAAAUAUUUUUGUAACAAGUGACAUUAAAAUUAAAGAAGAAAAUCUUUUCUGUGAUAAUAUUAAAGGCAAUGAAAAUUUCCCCUCUCAACAAAUUGCUAGACUGACUGAAUGUGAGAGAGUACUAGUGGCAUUGGAACUUAGUAGCUUCCUAAAUGAUUCCAGUUAUGCCCUUCAAGCUGUGACUCAAUGUUAUGGUCUCCUUGCUCCAAUAAUCUAUCACAAUAUUGUUUUGGUACCUGUUAUACAGAUAUUGAUAAAGUGUUUAGUGGUUUUGCAAGGACAACCAACCAUCAUCCACUCGAAGAAAAAUAUUGCAAGUUUUGAAAGUGUACAGCACAUGAUAGCUUGUUGUAUCUUCUACAUCACGAAGAUUCUGCGUUCAUGGAAGGAAUAUGACCUGGCAGUAAUGAUUAUAAAUUAUGGGAAAAAGAUGUUGGACAUCACAUCAGGGUGCAAAUCCCUAUUCGGUUAUAAUGAACCAGAAGAAAUGCCAGAGGAGUUUUCUUCUAAGAGGAUGUCAAAGACUAAGAAGCCACAGCAAGUAUUGCCACCUGAAAAAAUAAAUGAACAGCUGGUUUUAUUGGAGACACACCUACUGAAACUGACAAAGCAAUAUCUUACGGCUGAACUCUCGGGAGCAGAGGACCCUAUAUUUCUUUACCCUAUAGUUUUAAAUUGGUCAGUCAAAGGUUCAGUGAAAGAAGUUAUGAAAUUUAAGCAGAGACCCAGGUUCCUGGAAUUCUUCACCCAAGUUAUGCUAAAAUGCAUAAACGAUGAAAAAUUUCAUCUUAUGGUGGAGAUAACAAGUCCCGUCAUCGACUUCUUAAAAAGGAGAAAUGAGUCCCUGGUAGGAGUGAAAAAAAUGAAAUAUAAAGACAGUGCUUUUUGUAAAAGGAUGAACAAACCUUUCAAGAAGUACAAAGCUGCAGUAAUAGAAAUUGGAAGAAGUACAGAAAUGCUACCAAGAAAGAAUAGAAAAAGAGAAACUCUAAGAAAUUUUUUUUCCAAAAAUCCAACUAUUAAUGAAAUGCCAGUACACGAAAGAAAUAAGAGAGCUGAUGUUAAAAAAAUAGCAUAUCGAUGUCUGACAGACAACUUGAAUCCGGUAAUCUUGAAUUAUAUCAGAAAAAAGAGGUUCCAUCAAAUAUUUCUUGAGGAAAUGCCCUGGAAAGCUCAGAUGAACCUGUAUCUGGCAAUCGCAAACUUCCACCUAUUUUUACAAAAACUAGGAGAGCGUAUGAAGAUGAAAUUUAGCACUUCGCAUAUGAUGGUCAGUUUCCGAUCAUGUAAUCCUAAUAUAUUCUCACUGUAUAACUCAGGAACAGUACUACCAACUGGAAAGUUGAUUGUAGAAAAUUACAAAGCAAUGCUUGAUUUCAUCGUUUCAGCAAAAAAAAGGAAGGCUAACUUAUCAGAUACUGAAGAAUUUUCUGCAUUUAUUCAUUCCAAAAUGGGUGAAGAAAAUAUGUCCAAGAUACAAACCGAUCAUGACUCAGACUCUCAAUCAGUCCUUAAUGCUAAAGAGAAAGAUAGAGCAGCAAAUCUAGGUCUAUUGGAUCAUUUUGUGAAGAUCUUUUUAUAUUACAGGAGAGCAAUGGUACUUGCCCAUCGUGGCGGCUAUUGGACUUUGCUCCAGAACUGCUGUCGGGCCUUUUGGAACUUUACUCAGGAGGUACAAAUACUUAUUCAACAGGCAGUGGAUCUUUAUAAAACAUUUCCCAUUAGCCAGGAUGCUUUCCUCUGUACUUCUGUUUUACCAUUCUCUUUGGGAGCAGAAUUACUUAUUGACAUGCUAAUACAACUACAAAAUACCAAUUCUAUUAAGUCUCUGGAAGACAAAGGAGAGUUCAGUGUUCCAAGCUGCUAUGGGAACAUUAAAAAUGAUAAUGGUGGAUUUAGUCUUACUUUUGAACAUCCUUUGGAUGACGUAAACGUGGUUGAUUUGAAAUGGAUCCAUGACUUUGUAUUAAAAUCUCUGGAAGUUUUGUAUCAAGUGGAAAAAUGGGAAACCCUAGUGUCACUUGCCAUUCAGUUCAAUAUAAUUUCACACGAAAGGUAUACAGAACAAGUGACACCACUCCUGGUGUAUGGACAGCGUCAGCUUCUUCUGAGAAUACAGAAGUUCGAGGGUCCAGAUAUUACUCAACAGCCUUGUGCAAACUAUGAGGCUAAGUACGGAGAGAAGAUAACCUGCCGAAAUUUCAUCGGGAAACAGCUUAUGAUUGAUUCUCCGAAUGAUAAAUUUACGGCUGCAGAAAGCUGUACAGAUUUCCUAAAAAUGCUUGUCAAUUCAGAAUACAAUCGUGCCAAAGAACUUGUUUGCGUACCUGUGGACGUGACAGAUACUUUGAGAUGUUUUAGAGAGACACUGGAGAAAUCCAAAUAUCAUAACAGGUCAAUCCGACACAGUAGAAAGUUACUCUUGUUAUUUCUUGCACAGACACAAGGAGAUAAAGGAGGAAUAAGUCAUUCAAAAUCCACUUCUGGAAAGGUGGAGUUUUGCUUGGAGACUGAAGAGAUGCACAUGCCCACACCUCCUGACCUUUCUCAGGAGCACUUCAGAGUUUUCGGUUCAGUGGAGAAAAGCAGACUGUCCCAUUCCCAACUCGGGCUUGUAAUUUCUUCUUACUACCAAACAAUUGAUGUUCUCCAAGCCAGCAAUCAAAGAAGUCUUAAAGUUCAGGCCUUGCAUUCACUUGGAAAUCUUCUUGUCUUUGCAGAUAAGAAAAGGGCUGCUUAUAAGUGCUGGUGUCAAGCUCUGGAUGACAUAUUCAGAACACCAAACGUGCUGCAUACAUGGAAAGAACUUGGCACCUCCAUCACCCAUGCCACCAGCAGCUCUUCGCCUUCGGGUUUCAAAGACUACAGUGAGGAAUUUCUGUCAAAAGUUGGCAUUUGGGGGUGUUUGCAAGGAGCAGUCAUAUCGGCAAAGAUAGCACAAUUUAUUAAGACAUUGAAGGUUACGAAGAGAACCAGCUGUUGCAUUUUAUCUGCAUUACUCUUUCAGGGGUUGCUUAGGACUACACUUCCACAUCCCAAAGCUGAACGUUGCUAUGCUCAGUAUGAAAUUACUCAGCUUCUCCCGGGCAUAGAACUCUUCUCUGAUAGAUUCAGGGCUGAUCUUGGCUCUGUAGUUGCAAGUCUAUAUUAUGUAAUACGCGAACUGCACUUUGCUAAGCAAAAUCUAAUAGUUCUGCCUCUCCUUGCAUUGUACCAGUAUUUUGUGUCUGUCAUUUGCCAAGACCUAGUUAGAAACCUAGAAGCAAGAAUCCUCAAGAUAGAAAUCCUUAUAGAUUUGGGAUUCUUUUCCGAAGCCUUUAAUGAGAUAGCCCACAUUUUUUAUGGAAAAAACAUGCCAUCCUCAGUAUCUGCUGGGUGUAAAGCUACUGGAAAAAACAAGAUAUUACAAUCAUUUGACACAGGGAAACCUCUGAACAGUAAAGAAAAUGUACAGGCACUUGAUGAAUUAAUAAGUAAAGGCUUACCUCUAAUUCUGGGUACAGUUGGCCACCAACAUCUCAUAAAUAAGUUUUAUUUCAUUAAGGCACACUUUUUCUUAAGUGUGGCUGCAACAAUAAAUUGUGUCCCAGAAAAUACAAUGAAAUCAUUCUAUCAUGGAGAUGUUACUGAGAAGAACAAACCAAAUCUCUCCAAUGUGAAAGACCAAAAUCCAAAGGAGGAACGAGGCUCAAUUUUUCAGCUUGCAAAAAUUAAAGAUGAUAUCUCUCUUGGCAUGCUAAAGGCAAUUUUACUGACAGAGGCUGAAGACAGGCUGAACUUCCUAGUGUCAGAGAUAGAGAAUACAGGGCAUAAGAACCUGUCCCAGUGUUCUGCUGGUGAGUUGGAGACUGUGGUGGAGGCCAGGCUUCAGCUGGCUGCAAUUGCCCUGCAGAGACACCGGGCAGCAUACAGUGCUGCAAUCAUAUUUUCCACACUUAAACUUCUCCAAGAUUCAAAACUUUUUAAAAAGAAGAUAGUACAUGACGACAAAGAAAAUCCUCCUAGCUCUCCAGAAACUUCUGCCUCUGAAAAUAGAGCCGAUAAUGAAUUUUUAGAUCCUAUUUCUCUAAAUUCCCGAGAAUAUUUCAACAUCCACCUGUGGCUAAGGUGCCGCUUGGUAUUGGUGACUGCAUUUGUCGCACAGAUUCGUGGCAUUGGAAUCAUGAAGGAGAAUGAUAUGACAGAUUGUGUGAGCCUCAUCAAUGAAGUGUGCAUGGAGGCCAAAGCUGCAGAAGACAUAGAGCUGCAGGCUGAAUUCUUGAUGCAAGCUGUAAUCCUUGGCCUGCAAGAAAAGCACUUAAAGGCAGACAUCAUUACAAAACUUCAGGAUAUAAUACAUUUGCUUGAAAGAAAUGAGUUUCUUUCUCCUCGAUCUUGGUUAACUCUGGCAAGAAGCCUAGUUUUGCUGGAUGACUUAACAAAAGCUGAGAAAUUCAAGGACUCGCCCUCUUCCAAAGCAGAAAAAGUAAAUUUAUUGGCUCAGGCUCACAACAUUCUUAUUGAACAGAUGUUGACUUUUGGAGAAACAAUUGAAUAUCCUUUAUCAAACACUGAAUAUGCAAAUCCAUUACAGCCUUUGAAAAAUAUCUAUCUUCCUCAUGUCAUGUUAUUGGCCAAAAUAAAAAUGAGAAUUGGACAUACCAUGGCCAAACAAGUAUAUAAUAACAGUAGAAGAAAGAGCUCCUUUAAGUGGUUACCAGCUCUUCAUCUUUUUGAAAUGGCAUUGAAGCUCUGUAAGAUAUCAGCAAAAGAGGAACAUGAGGUGGAAGCUGAAAUUCUUUUUCAGAAAGGCAAAAUAGAACGUCAGAUAAUAAUGGAAGACAAAUCUCCAACUUUACAAUUUGAGAGUUUACUUGAUGCUAUACAACUAAGCUUGAAAAAUGAUCAAAACUCAGGAUUGAUAAGAGAUUCUUACCUAGAAAUGGCCCUAUUAUAUUUUCAUAUGAGGACCCCAAAGAGAAAAGUUUCAGCAUCACCAUUAGUACUUAAGCCUCUUCUCAGAAGACUUAGUUCUACUAAAGAAGCAGCAGCAAAUAAAUUUGAAAUGUACAAUUCAUUGGCCUGGAUUGCGAUAAGAGCUGCUGCACAGGUCAGUGAUGCUGUGCUGGCAGUUAACCUACUUAUUGGCAAGAAGAAUGCUAGAACUGAUAAAGUUAACCAAAUGGCAUUACCAAACAUCCCUGAAUUUGCCACCGUGGAUCUUUUGUCUUCUUAUACUGAUUAUUUGCUUGAUAACUACCAAGUUGUCUUCCAGACAUGCUAUACCUGUUUAUAUCAAAAUGAUGACAUGUGUGACAACACAGAUUCUGGGAACAAGACACUGGCCAAAGUGGAUAUUACAUGGAUUCUUCUGCUGCGCUACUAUAUUCACCUUCAAAGAAUUAAUAAUAUGAGCAAACUGCUAGCAUCUGCAACGCCAGUAUCUGGAAUUUCUUUGCCAGAUGAUACGCUUCUCACAUCCCUUUACAACUCUGAUUUGAUUUUGCGCCAAAAGGAAAUGCAUUUUUUCCUAAAAAAAUUCUUACAGCUCUAUUCUUGCUCUUGUAUCGAUGGAUUUCCCAAAGAACUUCUUCAAGGACUGGAAAAUCUACCUCUUUCGGAAAAAGUCUUGAAUGACUCAUCAGCCAAGUUAUGUCGCGACAGUUCCAUACACUCCGUUUUAUCUCUAAGGCUCCUUGCCAGCCCGUCUUGCACAGAGAUGAUGUCAUCAGAUAUGGCAACGCAAGCUUUAAACAAGGAACUGUGCUUUCAAUGGUACAUUCCUCCCCUGGACAAACCUCCGAGGGAAACGGAACCUAUGGUUUUAUUGUUAUAUGCAUAUAAUACAAAACCCCUGAAGAUUACAGAUGUUAAAUAUUCUAGUUACAGUUUAUGUGCUGGCUCCUUCUGGAUUCCACUGGACAGAGUUAUUUCAAUUCAUGAGAAGCUAUCUAAUCUUGCACAAAUAGCUGAAAUAUCAUUGCCAGCAGUUCCUGAAAUUACUUCACAUGAAAAUGUAUCUGAUAUAGAAGAAAUGGAAGAGAAAACAGUUGAUACAGAAAUGGAAAACAUGAUUAUUGAGUGUUGCUCUGAAAUAAUAGCUUUGUUUUUGAAUGAUAGAGAGCUCACGCCGCUAUCUGAGCCAUUUGAGGUUUUUGUGCCAAUUCCACCUGUAUCUCAGAUAGCUAGUGCCGUUACAUUCUUUCCCAAACCACCUGCGGUAGCCCAGGAAGACUGGGUUAGACUUCCCAUAAGAAAUUGGCAGUCGGUCUCGGCCACCUCGGAAGAACGGUUUGCAGCCGCUGUGCCUUACACUGGUGUGAAUAAAGCAGUCAGCGUGAGCGGGAUUUCCUUCCACACUGUGCACACAAGGUCAGAAGCUCACAGGCAGACCCCGCAGAGCCCUUUAGGAGGGAACCCAGCUACGGGUACCCACUUACAACAUUUAUUCUAUGACUUUGCUGCUGAGAUUCAAAGCCCUGACCUUUAA